UGGGCGUUCAGCACCACCGUUUCACUUGAAGGACAACAUUUUAAGAAAACUGGCAAGCUUGUCUCACUCAGCGAGCAAAAUCUUGUCGACUGCUCUGGAAAGUUUGGCAACAAUGGCUGCGAAGGUGGUUUAAUGGACGAUGCUUUCAACUACAUCAAGGCUAAUGGUGGUAUUGACACCGAAGCCAGUUACCCGUACAAAGCCAAGGACGGAAGAUGCAAAUAUCGUGCUUCUGAAAGUGGUGCAACUUGCAGUGGUCACACUGAUAUCGAAAAAGGUUCAGAGUCCGAGCUUCAAGAUGCAACGGCAAAUGUUGGUCCUAUUUCAGUUGCGAUUGACGCCAGUCAUUCGAGUUUCCAACUCUAUCAUAAGGGUGUUUAUGACGAACCAAAUUGUAGCAGCACCCAGCUCGACCAUGGUGUCUUGGUGGUGGGCUAUGGUACUCUGAAUGGUGAAGAUUACUGGCUGGUCAAAAACAGCUGGGGUGCAUCUUGGGGCUUGGAAGGAUACAUCAUGAUGUCUAUGAACAAAAACAACCAAUGUGGGAUAGCGACAGCCGCAAGUUAUCCGUUGGUCUAAAUAUGAACCCAAAAACCAUUCGCAAGGACUUAUAUCAUUAUCAGGCAGAAUAAUAAUUCAGAUGUUUUCCGUAACUGGUAGAAAAAUUUGUAACUUUACUCCACCACGAUUGAAACAAAUUGGGUUGGGUAGUGUUAUGUUGUAAUGUAAAAUAAUUUUUAAUAAAAUUUCGGUUUAUUUUUCGCAAUAAAUGCAGAACAGAUCUGA